CGCAUUUACAUUAUAGCGCCACCAUAAACAGCAUGGCGGCGGGUAUAUCGAAGAACAAAAUUUAUCUGGUAGGCCUAGGCCUCUUAUACUUUAUUUUAUUAAUCGCUGACUGUUAUUCAUUUGAAGAUGUUUUAAAUGAGGAGCUACUUAUUAAGCCACUGCCGUCUGGCAAUGUGUAUGCUCACUUUCAGUUUACAACUAAAUGGGAUAUCGACAUACUAAGAGAGGAGAAAUUGUUGCACUACAACCUUUUUCCAAAGACACUUGGACAAGUUAUAAAUAAGUACUCUGUGCAAGAGUUACAUCUUUCACUCACACAGAGCAUUUGGCGUAGCAAUGCAUGGGGCUACCCAGCAAUUUCUGCGCCCCCUGGUGCAGAAAUAUGGGUGUGGUUCAAAAAAUCAACAAAGAAUGUCGAUGAAGCAUGGGCUGGAUUAGUGAAUGCCUUAUCUGGACAAUUCUGUGCCUCGCUCAACUUCAUUGAUAGCACAACCAGCAUCCAGCCAACAUUAUCUUUCAGACCUGAAGGCCUCCUACCUGAUGGUUACCCUACCGAUUCAAGGCUUCUCCGCUAUGCUUCAUUACCAAGAGAAAAUGUUUGCACUGAAAAUCUGACGCCAUGGAAAAAACUAUUACCUUGCACUUCAAUGGCUGGCUUAGGAACCCUUCUCCAGGCCACCCACCUCUACAAUGCUAACUACCACUCUCUGGCUGUUCAUGUCCGUCCUGUAUGCCGCGAUACUAUUUGUUCCCAGUCAUCGGUUGAACUGAGUCAGUCACUAGCCCUCGUCAUAGACCCAACACUCAGCAAGCUACAAAAAUCUACAGGCUGGUCGCUGCGUAAUAUGUUUGGGAAGAACAUUCAAGGAGGCUGCCCUCUAGCAACCACAAGUGUAGUCAUGGUUGAUGUUAGCAUGAAUUCUACCUCAAAUUUGAUGCAGCUAUCCCCAAAUCCAACUGAAGUUAUAUUUACGACUCGUGGUGGGGACAGUCGCAAAUAUGCUGUUUAUGACCUCCAUAAACAAGAAGGAAAGUUGAACAUUGAAGCAAAAAUGUUAACAAGUCAAAAACAAGCGCAAGCUACUCCACCUGCAGUGUAUGGCCAGAAAUAUCUGACAGGCUACGGUCAAGAGAAAGGCGGCAUCUCCUGCAUUCUACACAACAAUGACCCAUCCAAGUCCCUAAGAACUAUUUACCUGGAUAUAAUACCUUGGUAUAUGCGUCUGUACCUACACACCAUAAAGAUUACAAACUCGGUCAAGCAUAUUAAAGCAGAGAAGCUUUUGUAUAGUCCAGGGAAGGAUAGAACCAAACCGUACAUCUUGGAAAUGCAGCUUACGCUACCUCCCCGUUCCACCACUACAAUUAGCAUUCAGUUUGAUAAAGCAUUUUUGAAGUGGACGGAGCAUCCACCUGAUGCUAACAUUGGAUUCUACACAAGCUCUGCAGUCAUAAGCACCAUGUUAAUGUCAGCUGACAACAUCACAUCACCUGAGCACCAUACAGCAUUACUAACACCUAGCAUUCGUAAUCCCAGAGAGUCAGAGUUUUUCUUGCGUAUAUACACCGAAGGCCUGUUGGUACAGUUACCUACACCCGAUUUCAGCAUGCCUUAUAACGUAAUCUGUCUCACAUGCACUGUAGUGGCUAUAGGAUUUGGUUCAAUCCACAAUUUAACAACGCGUCAGUUUAUUCGAGAUUCAGAAGAAGAUCCUGGUUUAAAAGCGAAAGUACAGAAAUUCUUAUCAAAAUUAUGGAAGAAAAAAUCAAAUGAAAAAGAUGAGAGUGCAUCAAAGAAUGGAAAGACGGAUGAAGACGAUAAGAAAUCAGAAGAGGCAACCUGAUAGCAUCGUGAGGGCAAUAAUAGGAUUUUGUGAAGAAAAAACACUGGAAAGCAUAGGCAAUGACUUGUCCAUCUUUCCAGCAUAUUUUUUGGAAUCGUAUUUGAAUCUUCUGUCGAUAUAGAGAAAAGCAGGUUGUAAGAAAUAUAAUGAAAAGGCUGGAGAACAUGAGAAAGUAACAUUGAUAAAGAGGAGAAAAAGGAGAAUGAAAAGAUUAAACUGGAGAAUAUAGAUGCUGAUAUAAUAAUGAUGAUGAUGGGAGUAGCAAUCUUUAAAUGGGGGAGCUGAUUGGUGGGGGGGAAAUGUGGCGCGUGAAGGAGGGCUCGAUGAUUAAGUGAGGGACCUAGGUCGUGAUAUGAGUGAUUUUUAACUAGAGCACGAUUUUUUUUUGCUUCAGACAUUAUCAAUGUGGUACAACACCAGGAUGUCAAGAGUAUGCGAUGAGGGAGUGUGUAAUACUUAGAACAAAUGGCAAUGAAAUUUCUGUAUAUUUGUUUAAUAUUUAAUUGGUUGUUUAAAUGUGCUACUUUCCGAGUCCCAAACCUGCAUCAAAUUACACAGCAAGAUUAAUGAAAAUGGAUGAAGUUGGUCAUACUAAUUUAGCAGGCAAUUAUAUUUGCUAUAUGUGAUUCUGUGAAGUACUUAAAACGAAUGUUACUCCGAAUAAAGAAACGGAGGCCAUGACCUGUAAUUGAUAAUAUUUUUAUGGUUGACUGCAUUAUUUUAGGCCGAUAAAUUGUGUACCCCACUAUGUUUCAAAAUUAUUUUCCCUAUUUGUGGUAUGCAAUGGCCACCUUGAUUUUGCUUUCACUACAGGAGCAUUGCUCAGGUACUCAAGUAACUAUGCAAGUAACACAGACCUGUAUGGUCAGUUAACGUGGAGGUAAGGGAGGAAAGUCCUUAUCUUGGCCCAAGAAGCAACACUUCAAUCAAAACCAUUUUUGCAAAUGUUUCUUAAUGUGGCAACAUUGUAAGAAGAAUUGUUUGAAAUAAAGGAAUCAACAAAUCCAAA